AUGAGCAAAAUGUGGGAGGUGGAUCCGGAGACACGGAGCAAGUUGCUAGAGAUCCAAAAGACGAACGAUAACAACAAGUGUGUCGACUGCAAUGCGCCCAGUCCACAAUGGGCCUCGCCCAAACUCGGUAUCUUCAUGUGUCUCUCCUGCUCCGGCGUCCAUCGCGGUCUAGGUGUCCACAUCUCCUUCAUCCGCAGCAUAACCAUGGACGCUUUCAAAGGCUCAGAACUGGUGCGCAUGGCUGCUGGCGGCAACAAACCCUUCCAAGACUUCUUCAAUAGCCACGAAUCGAACACGAAAGAAGGACGCACAUUCGAGUCGUCAACCAUACAAGAGCGGUACGAUUCAGAGGCGGGCGACGAGUGGAAGGAGAGGCUUAGUUGCAAGGUCGAGAACAGGGAGUUUGACAAGAGCAACCUGCCUAAGCGGUUACCGAAAAAGGAGAACACUUCUACGGCGGGUGCGGGUGCGCCGUUGAGUGGACGAGCCAGCGCAGCAGGGAGCAGAAGUCAGACACCUUUGGGCAAGGCACGAGGUAGUGAUGCAGGCUUUCAACGCUCGGGAUCACCCGCCCUGGGUACAAACGCCAUGUCGCAAAAAUCCAAGAAUGAAGCCUAUUUUGCGAAGAUGGGCCAAGAGAAUGCCAACAGGCCAGAAGGCGUUGCGCCCAAUCAGGGAGGAAAAUACGGUGGCUUCGGCAGCGAGCCAGAUUCGUGGAAGAAGGACGACGAACCUGGCGCGCCGCCUGCGCUUGACGACUUCCAGAAGGACCCAGUUGCUGCACUUACCAAAGGGUUUGGGUGGCUGGGCGCCAGCGUAAGCAAAGUAGGCAAAACAGGCUACGAAGGCUGGGUGAAGCCCGGAAUGGCAAAGCUUGCCGAAGCUGACCUCGCAGCUCAAGCCCGUAGCACCGCGGGCACCCUAGGCCAGACCCUCCAAUCUGGUGUCGCAACUGCUAAUACGCAAUUUACGCGCUUUGUUGAAGGAGACGAUUCUUCGUCUACCGCACGCCGUGGCGCUCCCGAACCCGAACGCAAAGACUUUUGGGAAAGCUUUGGUGCGGCGCCCAAGGGACCGGCAAAGGACAAGCAGGACUUUUGGGACGAGUUUGCUAGCGCCGGUGAGGCAAGGACUAGCACGACUAUGGAAAGAAAGAAGCCCAGUGGUAUUGGAACAAGUGCUAUGAAGAAGAGCGGUGGCAGUGGUAGCAUGAGUGGAUCAGCAAAGAAGGACGACGAGUGGGACAAGUGGUAG